ACAUUCUAAGGGGCUUUGGUGGCGCUCACAGCUCCUCUCUGGCACCUUCCCGAGCUGGAGUUGGGGCUGCCUCUUGGACCGGCCACCCGCCAGGACCCCACGACUUGUUCUGUCAGAAGCCAUCCAGGGAUAAAGCAGUGUGCAGGAAGUGCGAGAGGGAUGGUGUGGCCCAGGCUGGUGCUGGCUGCCUGCCUCCUGGCGAUGCCCCCUGCCGCAGCAGAAUGCCUGUCCCAGUGCUCUUUGUGUGCUGUGAGGACCCAGGACGGGCCCAAGCCCAUCAAUCCUCUGAUUUGCUCCCUGGAAUGCCAGGAAACCUUGCUGCCCUCUGAGGAGUGGGAGCGAUGCCAAGGCAUCCUGUCCUUCUUCCCCUCUGCCCUCAGGCUCAGGGACCAGAGUGGCCUGGACAGCAGGGCAGCUUUAGAAGAGGUCUACGGGGAGCUGGCCAAGCGUGCCAGGCCCUUCCUGCAGGAGCUGGAGAAAAGCAGAUUCCUCCCCAGCACCCCUGCAGAGGACAAGUUCAGGGGUCUCCUUGGUGGGCUCGGGGAGGGCUUAGGGUCUGAGGCGAUGGGGGCUCCCCAACUGAACAGCGGUGCUGUGGAGGCGGCUGCACUUGAUUUUGACGAGGACCCCAAGGAGCAGGUCAAACGCUACGGGGGUUUUCUGCGCAAAUAUCCCAAGAGGAGCUCAGAGGUGGCCAGGGAGGGGGACAGGGAUGGGGACAAUGCGGGCCAUGAAGACCUGUACAAACGUUAUGGGGGCUUCUUGCGACGCAUCCGUCCCAAGCUCAAGUGGGAUAACCAGAAGCGCUAUGGUGGUUUUCUUCGGCGCCAGUUCAAGGUGGUGACGCGGUCACAGGAAGACCCCAACGCCUACUCCGAAGAAUUUUUUGAUGUGUAAACACACCUCCAUCCUGCAGCUGAGUGAGGAGCCUCCUUUGACACCUUCCUGCAUAGGGGCACACUCACUGCCAUCCUGUGUGUACCCUGUCUCCACACCCAGUUCAUCACUGUCUACAGUAAAAAUAUCCAAGCCUGGCUUGUCUCUCACCUGCCCUGAGUUCCCUGGGGUCAGUGACAGGAAAUGUAGGGGUCUCCCUGUACUGGGAUCAGCACUGGGCUCACACCUCUGCACUUCUGAGCUACCACCAGUAGCAGUGCUGGAUAUCAGUCCUCCCAUUCUGUUCAAGUGACUCCCCAGUUCCAAAAGUCCAGAGUGAAUUGUUCUUUUUACCUAUAGGUCCUGAUGUUCAAGCUGUGCAGAUCACUUACCCCUCUCAGAAGAAUGUAAAACCUGCACAGACUAGACACUUAAAACUAAAAAGGUAAACAUAAAUGCAAAUGCAAAUGUCAACACUGUAUUCUCAAACCCCAGAGACCUCCUUAGGCUCCCCACUGGGAGACCAAAGGUUCAGCGAAAGCCUGACAUUGCCUUUUACCUGAGCAGGCAUUCUGAUGUUCAGUCUGUGUACUCCGAAUUCUCAGAAAUGCAUCUCUGGAAGAACUGAGCUACUGAAUGCAUGUUCAUGUUGGUACCCUUGACUGUACCACUUCGCAGAAGAGAAAGGGAGUGGAAACUCUUCCUUGGUGGCAGAGAGCUCUUUUGAACACUCAGAUGAUCACAGAGGGAGCAAAGCAAACCAUUUGUUCUGUGCAACAAGCUCAGAAUGUGGACCAGUUCCCCCGGCCCUCGUUAAGCUAAUUAAACUGGUUGGUAUCCCCCUUCUACCCCACGAUGAACUGAAGCGGUUGAGUUGAUGAGGUUAAACACAGCUGUGUUCUUGAACAGCUGAACUGGCUGCCAGGAGCUCAGCCAUCUGGCCCAGCGUAUGCACUGGGCAUUGGGUCAGGGAGUCCACAGGUGAGGGAAGGAGAAAACGCCCCUCCUCACCCCCCAUGACAAUUCUUUUCUCUUAAUGCCUCCAAAUAAAACUGGAAAGGGGAAUGAAAUGAUUGAGUGUUUGAGGGAAAGUAAGUUCCCUUGAUUCAAAUAACCCAGAAUCAGAGGCAAAGACCUGAUGCCUUGGCUUCAAAAUUCCUUCUCUCCCUCUCUUUCCUCCCCAGCCACUGUUGGGGUUAUGAGACCAGGAGAUGGGCUGGACAGGAGAGGAAACAGAUUUGAUAAUUUUGAUAAUUCUGGAUAAUUUGUGUAAGAUGUGCUGAGCACACCUCACCCAGCCUAGCCCCCGGGUGUCUCAUUCUGAAAUGUAUAGAUCAUUCUACAGUUGCUUUGUGUGCUUUUUAAAAAUUCCAUUUGUGUAAUUUACUUGGAAUUUGCUUACUCUAUAAUAGGCCUGUGUAAUUUCCUGCUCUUCCAGUAUAAUAAAUAAAAGAAAAAUGUUAAUG